GUUUUCAUGGCAUCAGAAACGAUGAAGGCCCCCAUGUGCUUGGUGGAAAAUAAGAACAAGCAGCUGUCGGUGAAUCCAGGUGCCAUCCAGAUUCUUAACAGUAUUUCUCAGCCUGUGGUGGUGGUGAGCAUUGUGGGAAUGUACCGCACAGGAAAAUCGUAUCUGAUGAACUGCCUGGCUGGACAGAACCAUGGCUUCCCUCUGGGCUCCACAGUACAGUCUCAAACCAAGGGCAUCUGGAUGUGGUGUGUGCCCCACCCCACCAAACCAAACCACACCCUCAUCCUUCUAGACACUGAGGGUCUUGGGGAUGUAGAAAAGGGUGACCCUAGGAAUGAUGCCUGGAUCUUUGCACUGGCUGUUCUUCUGAGCAGCACUUUUGUCUACAAUAGCAUGAGCACCAUCAACAACGAUGCCCUGGAGAAGCUGCAUUAUGUGACAAAACUCACAGAGCUCAUUAGAGCAAAGUCCUCCCAAAGAUCUGAUGCAAUAGAAGAUGUUAGAGAGUUUGUGAGUUUUUUUCCAGACUUUAUCUGGACUGUACGGGACUUCACCCUGGAGCUGAAGUUAGAUGGUCACUGCAUCACGGAAGAUGAAUACCUGGAGAAUGCUUUGAAACUGAUUCCAGGGCAUGGUCCCCAAAUCCAGACAUCCAACUGGCCCAGGGAAUGCAUCAGACAAUUCUUUCCCAGGAGGAAAUGUUUUGUCUUUGACUGGCCAGUGAGUGACCCACAGCUCUUAGCCAAGAUUGAGAAUAUACCAGAAAGCCAACUGAAUCCUAAAUUCCAGAAGCAAUCGAAGACUUUCUGUUCUCAUAUCUUCACCCAUGCAAGUACCAAGAAACUCAAAGAGGGAAUCCUGGUCACUGGGACUCGAUUAGGGACUCUCGUGGAGACCUAUGUGGAUGCCAUCAACAGUGGGACAAUUCCUUGCUUGGAGAAUGCAGUAAAAACACUGGCAGAGCGUGAGAACUCCAUAGCUGUACAGAGGGCAGUUGACCACUACAGUGAGCAGAUGGCCCAGCGAGUGAGGCUCCCCACAGACACACUCCAGGAGCUGCUGGAUGUGCACACAGCCUGUGAGAAGGAAGCCAUUGCUGUCUUCAUGGAGCACUCCUUCUCAGAUAACCAGUGGGAGUUCCAGAAGAAGCUUGUGGCUGCCAUAGAGGAAAGGAAGGAAGAUUUCAUGCAACGGAAUGAAGCAUCAUCUCUCAGUUACUGCCAGACUGAGCUGGAGAAGCUUUCAGAGCCCCUGAGGGAGAGCAUCUCACAUGGAGCUUUCUCUGUUCCUGGUGGGCACAGCCUCUACUUAGAAGCCAGGAAGAAGGUUAAGCAGGGUUACAAGCAAGUGCCCAGGAAGGGAGUGAAGGCAAAUGAGGUGUUCCAGAACUUCUUAAAGUCACUGAUCACUACUGAAGACUCCAUCUUGCAGUCAGAUAAAGCCCUCACUGAUGGUCAGAAAGCCACGGCAGCUGAGCAGGCCAAGAAGGAGGCAGCUAAGAAGGAACUGGAACUAACAAGGCAGCAACAGAAGGAACAAGAGCAGAUGAUGGAGGCUCAAAAGAGAACCUUUUCAGAAAACAUGGCCCAGCUGCAGAAGAAGAUGGAGAGGGAAAGGGAGACCCUUCUGAGAGAGCAGGAGAGGGUACUGGAGCACAAGCUGAAGGCACUCAAAGAACUAAUUCUUGAUGGAAUUGAGGAGAGAUGUGAUGAUUUAAAAAGAGAAAUAAAGCUAAGAGAAGAAGAGAUUGAAGACAUUAAACACAGCUCCAUUCAGGAUAUUCUUGAUAUUGCUGGCAAUAUAUUAACUGAAGCACUUCCUAUAGUGUGUAAUAUAGGGAUGCAGCUUCUCAACUCCUAUAUGAUAGGCUGAGGAUUCCUGUGAAGUAUAGUAUGAAGGCCUCUUAUGUGUUAGCAAUACUGUUAAACACACUUUUUUUCAUGUGUGUGUCAUCAUGGUUUCAUUCAACAGCCAUUUCAAAUUAAAGACAUAUCAAAGAAUGUCAGAGGCCAACAACUUCCCCACCAAAAAAUCAACUAAAAUUUCAUUUGAUAAAUAUAAAUCAUUCAUGAAAAAGAUGUAGUUAAGGCACAAGGAAAAUGGUCCACCCAUAAAUUCUCAUCAACAUAACUGCCCAACCAGGAGCUGAACAAAUACAAUAAACUUGUCAAAGUAUACAAGAAAAAGCCCUAUACCUUAUGCAAAGAACUGCAGAUAACUACAGAAGGCUAAGAGGAAGAGAAAUAGUCUUCUCCAGAGAAGAGCACACCAAUGGGUUAUCCAAUAUCAAAUGGUCAACACUGAAAAUAUACAU